AGAAAAUGGCUAAUAAAAUUUUAUAGAGCAAAUAAUUAAAAAUGGUACUUUUAUCGAUACCACCGAUCGUUCUUCCAACAUAAUUUUUAUAAUGGCAUCAAGAACUUGCGCAAAGUUUUUUCUUUCAGUGAUAUGCAAUAAAGUGUAUUGCGCGAGUGGGAAGGACAACGGUUUUGGGAAUAGCUACGUUUGGGCGGGUUCUCUGGAAUCGGGGAUACAAAUAGGAACGCACCACAAGAAGCCAGUCAUGGUAAUAAUACACAAGUCCUGGUGCAAAGCGUGCAAAAACCUGAAACCAAAGUUCGCAUCCUCGACUGAAAUACAAACAUUGAGCAAACAUUUUGUUAUGGUUAAUUUAAUUGAUGACGAAGAACCCGAAGGCAAUACUUAUUCUCCUGACGGAAGUUAUAUACCUAGAAUACUAUUCGUCUCGCCUAAAGGUCAAGUAGACCAUGAUAUAAUUAACGAGGACGGCAGCAGUCAGCACAAAUUCUUCUACAGUAGGCCGGAGCAGAUCGCCAAGUCAAUGAAGAAAGUAAUACAGAAGUAUAAAUUAGAAGAGUUUAAUGCGUGAUUGAUUAUAUUUAGUAUCAAUAAAGCGGUGGU